AUGAUGCGAGCGAGCGUACGUGCUCGCUUUGUUAUGCUGACUCAUCAAGUGGUAAAUGUAGUCUCAAGAGCAUGCUGUUGUAUGUCGAACAAGCACCAUCCUCGCGACGAUGUAAAGGUUGUAAGAGGGUCACCUCGAGACAGUACAACUGAGUUGGAUUGGAGAGUGUGUGCUGCUGCUGACGACAGUGAAAACGAUGGUGGUCCUGGAAGUGAUGACGACGACGUGCUCACUUCACUUGGUGCGUCAUACCGAGCGUGGUGCGUGUUUCAUCGAGAGAAGAGAGCACAUGAAUAUACUAAGAAUAGGUUAGUUGAAUCAAUCAGACGAGAAGCUACGCUUGCAAAGCAAGUAGCGUGUCUUCGUGGUUCUAUGGAGCAAACUGAAUGCACAUUGAUGAGAUUGGAAGAUUUGGAAGCUAUGGCGAUCAUCCUGGAGGAAAAGUAUAAAGCUGUAGCGACUCGGCAAGGGACGGAAAAAGAAGAUGAGUUCGAGCUUGAGUUUCAGUGCCCACUACACACUCACCGUCUUUAUGAAGCAGAAGCUGAUGCCUUGCGUUGGAAAACGCAGUGUCAACAACUAUUACCAAAACUAGCAUCGAUCAAUUUGGAGAAAAAUGGAUUGACGGAAGAGCUCCGAAAGGCGAAGAAGGCUGCAGUGUUAAUCAUGAAUCGACAGUACAGUCAGCUUGAGACGCUUAGCGGUGUACCGCAUAUUCUUUCACGCACCGCUCGACGCCAGAAAAAUGAUCUGAAAAAGCGAUCGUAUAGCGACAUUGAGAUUGUCUGA